UUAUUCCCCCUCUAUUUUAUUCUUAUCCUCAUUAUUAUAAUUGUUUUUUUAAUUAACUACAGGCGAAUGGGCAUCGCAUUAAAUCUAGUGAACAAAAUCGAAGCAUGGUUCAGAGCCAAAGGAGCAGAAUACGCAUACAUGGCGACCGAAAAGGAUAACGAGGCCUCCUUGAAUCUGUUCACCGCCCGUUGCGGUUACUCCAAGUUCAGAACCCCCUCCGUCCUCGUCCAGCCCGUUUACGCUCACCGCAUCUCCAAAUCCCGCCACGUGUCCGUCUUCCAAAUCCCUGCUCACGAUGCCGAAACCCUCUACCGUAAAAAAUUCGCCACCAACGAAUUUUUCCCCCGCGACAUCGACUCCAUUCUGAACAACCCGGUGUCGCUUGGAACUUUCGUAGCUGUCAACGGGUCGGGUUUUGAGUGGGACGGACCCGAGUCGUUUCUGCGGGACCCGCCGGAGUCUUGGGCGGUGUUGAGCGUUUGGAAUUCGAAGGCGGUGUUCCGUCUCGAGGUGAAGGGGGUUUCGAAAUGGAAAAGGGGGUUCGCGAAAACGAGCAGGAUAAUGGAUAAAGUGUUCCCGUGGCUGAAGUUACCGUCGGUUCCGGAUCUUUUUAAGCCGUUCGGGUUUUAUUUUCUUUACGGGUUCGGAGGCGAAGGGAAGCGGGCCGCGGAUCUCAUUCGGGUUCUAUGCGGGCACGCGCACAAUAUGGCACUUGAUGAUAAGUGUGGGCUUGUUGUUGCGGAAGCGGAAGUGGCGGCUUGUGAGCCGCUGAGAUCGGGGGUCCCGCAUUGGAAGAUGCUAUGUUCGCGAGGACCUGUGGUGUGUUAA